CGACGAGAGAUCUCCUCGUUCGGGAUAUGCGACCCAAGGACAAAAAGCAUAUGAAAGCUCACGAGCUUUCCACUCUCCUUAACCCUGCGGCCAACAUUCCUAGCAGUGAGUAGCUGUUGGAAAAUGGCACGAAGAAAGGCCAACGGUGCAACGGCCGAUACAGAGCCGCUCCUCGAACAGGGCUCGACCAGAAAACGAUCCAGCAACGCUGGUGAUCCAGACCACGCAGUCAAGAAGCAGCGGCCGGCGCUCGAAGAGAAGACCGAUUACUCACGAUGGCGCCUGCGAGAUGAUCACGGCAGACACACCUGGCGCUAUCUGGAGGACGACGAAGCCGCCAAGGCCUGGCCGCAAACCUACGCCGACAAGUACUUCUUGGGCCUGCCGCUGGAUCUCCCAGAUCUUCCGAAGCCCAAGAAGCCACUCGACGCCGUCCGAAACGGCCUCGAGUUCUUUGAGAAGCUCCAGCUGCCCAGCGGCCACUGGGGGUGCGAGUAUGGCGGUCCCAUGUUCCUCCUCCCCUGCAUCGUCAUCUCGUGGUACGUGACCAAGACGCCGAUUCCCUGGUACUACGCCACCGAGAUCAAGAAUUACCUGUUUGCCCGUGCGCAUCCGGAGGAUGGUGGCUGGGGUCUGCACAUCGAAGGCGAGACCUCCGUGUUCGGAACGGCUCUCAACUACACAGUGCUGCGGCUGGUCGGCGUGGAUGCUGAUCACCCCAAGAUGGUGAAAGCCCGCGCUACGCUGCACAAGCUGGGGGGUGCAACCCAUGCGCCGCAUUGGGCAAAGUGGUGGCUCGCGGUCCUAGGAGUUGCCCACUGGGACAUUGUCAACCCUGUGCCUCCCGAGCUGUGGCUUCUUCCCGACUGGGUCCCCUUUGCGCCGUGGAGAUGGUGGAUUCACAUCCGAAUGGUCUUCUUGCCCAUGAGCUACCUUUGGUCCAGGCGAUGGACGGCCGAGGAGACCGACGUCAUCCGCUCACUUCGCAAGGAACUUUUCGUCGAGGACUGGGACAAGAUCAACUGGGCAGCACACCGCAACACAAUCCACCCGAGAGACAACUACCAUCCCAAGUCCUGGUUGCUGAACAUGAUCAAUUGGUUCCUCGCCAACAUUUGGAGGCCUUACUUCCGAGUCAAGCCCCUCGUCGACAGGGCCGAGGAUUGGGUUAUGAAGUUGAUUGAGAUGGAGAACAAGAACACAGACCACUUGGACCUUGCCACCGUAUCCGGUCCUAUGAAUCUUGUCUGCCUCUACGCGCGUGAUGGGCCGGACUCGUAUGCCGUGCGCAGGCACCAAGAACGCUCGGACGAGUUCCUCUGGGUGAAGGACGAGGGUCUUCUCGCCAACGGCACCAACGGGGUGCAGUGCUGGGAUACGGCAUUCGCCAUCCAGGCCAUCAUGGACGCGGGCUUGACCGAGGACCCGCGCUGGAGGCCCAUGCUGCUCAAGGCGCUCGAGUUCCUCGACGAUCAACAAAUUCGUGACAACGUAGAGGACCAAGACAAGUGCUACCGCCAGCAGCGCAAGGGCGCUUGGGCGUUCAGCAACAAGGAUCAAGGAUACGCCGUGAGCGACUGUGUCUCCGAAGCCCUGAAGUCCGUCAUUAUCCUGCAAAAGACCCCCGGCUUUCCAACGCUGAUCGACGACCAACGCAUCUUUGAUGCCAUCGACACCCUCCUCACCUACCAGAAUCCUAACGGUAGCUGCUCGUCCUACGAGCCGCCGCGCGCGGGGCCCUGGAUGGAGAUGCUCAACGCUGCCGAAGUCUUCGGCAGGAUCAUGGUUGAGUACGAAUACCCCGAGUGCACGACCGCCGUUGUGACCGCACUCUCCCUCUUCCAUAAGCACUGGCCCGAGUACCGUGCCCGCGAGAUUGAGCGCUUCAUCGAGCGCGCCGUGGCCUGGAUCAAGACCAACCAACGGCCGCACGGUGGGUGGUACGGCAGCUGGGGCAUCUGCUUCACCUACGCGACCAUGUUCGCCCUCGAGAGCCUCGCCAGCAUCGGGGAGACCUACGAAAAUAGUUCCCACGCCAAGCGUGGCUGCGAUUUCCUCAUUUCGAAACAGCGAGAAGACGGCGGCUGGUCAGAACACUACAGAGUGAGAACCAUUUCCCUCUCCAUCAUACACCCCCUCUAGGAUGCAGCCCAA